CCUCCACCGGACCCUGGUCCACCACAGGGUUAAAGGUGCCGCGUCAUGCGUCAGCUGAUGCGUAACGUCACGUGGUUGUGCACGGGGCGGGUCCGGACCGGACGGAGGUUCCUCUGCGGUUCUCCUCGGCUGGUCCCGCUCCAGGUCCCGCUCCUCCUCCUCCUGGUCAUGCGUCCCGGUCUCCGUGCCUCCUCGGUUCUCCUCCUCCGCUCCUGAGCACCUCCUCCUCGGCCCGUGUCCGGACCCGGUGGCCCAUGGCGGCUCCUCCGGACCCCCCGGUCCCUCCUCCGGACCCCCCGGUUCCUCCGCCGACCCUGGGCCCGGCCGUGCGUCCGUUCGUGACCCUGGGUCUGACCGGGGUCUACACCGCCUUCUACGCGCUCCUCUUCCUGUUCGUGUACGCGCAGCUGUGGCUCGUGCUCCGGUACCGACACAAGCGCGUGAGUUUCCAGACCGGGUUCCUGUUCCUGUGCCUGGUCUGGGCCGCGCUCCGAACCCUGCUCUUCUCCUUCUACUUCCGGAACUCCAGGACCGUCAACAGCCUGGGUCCGGUUCCGUUCUGGAGCCUGUACUGUCUGCCGGUCUGCCUGCAGUUCUGGACCCUGAGCCUCAUGAACCUCUACUGCGCACAGGUUGUGUUCAAGGCCAAGUCCAAGUUCGACCCGGAGCUGCUCAGAUACAGGCUGCCCCUCUACCUGCUCUUCCUCCUCGUCAGUCUGCUCUUCCUCGUCGUCAACCUGGCCUGCGCCGUCGUGGUCAGGACGUCGUCUGCGGAAACGCACGCCGUCGUCCUGGUGAGGGUCACCGUCAACGACUCCCUGUUUGUCCUCUGCGCCGUCUCGCUGUCGGUUUGUCUCUAUAAGAUCGCCAAGAUGUCACUGGCGAACAUCUACCUGGAGUCCAAGGGGACGUCGGUGUGUCAGGUGACCGCCAUCGGCGCCGUCGUCGUCCUCCUGUACACGUCCAGAGCCUGUUACAACCUGGUGGUUCUGGGUCUGUCCAACAAGAGGAUCAGCUCCUUCGACUACGACUGGUACAACGUCUCAGACCAGGCGGACCUCCAGUCGACCCUGGGCGAUGCCGGGUACGUGGUCUUCGGGGUGGUCCUGUUCGUGUGGGAGCUUCUCCCCACCUCCCUGGUCGUGUUCUUCUUCAGAGUCCGAAAACCGAACCUGGACCGGAGUGGAACCGGACUUCCUGGACACGUUUUCUCGUCUCGUGCUUAUUUCUUCGACAACCCGCGACGUUACGACAGCGAUGACGACCUGGCGUGGAGCGUCAUGCCUCCAAACAUACAGGCCAGUUUGGCGUCCGACAGCUACGAGUGGGGAAACCAGAACGGCAUCAGCGCCUACAUCGGAGGAGAAGACCCCUUCCACCUUCCUCUGCCUCCAGAGGAGCUCAGCCAUUACUGAGGCCUGGACCCUCUGGUGGUCCAUGGCAGUCCUGCUGACCCUGAUGAUCCUAAUGGUCCUGAUGGUCCCAAUGGCCCUGAUAAUCCAUAUGGUCCACAUGGUCCUGGUGGUCCACGUGGUUCCACCCAGACUCAUCCAUUCCCUUUUCUGCGUCGGUUUUGAUGAACUCCUCUAAGGGUCCAGUCUCUAAUGGGACCUGAAUGUGGACUGACCAUGUGAAGGGUCUGAUGGACUCUGGAAUGUUCUCCACAUGUUCUUCUGUAUUAGUUCAUAUUGAAAACUGUUUAAUAUAUAAACUGAUCUUUGUCCUGUAUUUUAUUACUAUUUUAUUACCAUGGAUGUGUUUAUAGACCAGAUGAGCCUUAAUUCAUAUUAAAAAGUCAAAACCCUGA